AUGCCGCUACGAAGAUUCAGGCUUCAUUCCGAGGCCAUCAAGCUCGUAAGCAGACCCAGGCUGAGAAAACCCAGGAGCAGCAGGACAAGGUAUGAACAUUUAGGUGUUGCAGGUGUUAAUAAUAGAAUCCAGGAGGACAUAGAAAAGAUUGAUUUGGCAGACCCUGAACUCAAUAAGGCUGCGACCAAGAUUCAAGCCUCGUUCCGGGGACACAAAGUUCGCAAGGAUACAAACUAA